UUGUUAUUAUACUUAUAUAGCAGCCAAGGAAAUAAAAACACAGAAUUCUCAGCGUCUUGAAGAUAGAUACCGCAGCCACAGUGUCUUUGGUGCUGGCAAGGGCCACGCUGAGACUUGGUGGAAGGCUCUUUCCCGUCAGCUCAUCAUUGAGGGAUUCUUGGCAGAAGUUCCUGGGCAUAGCAAAUAUGUCAAGAUGUGCACCCUUACAGAAAAGGGUAGAAACUGGUUUGCUAAAGCCAAAACAGAAUCUCCUCAGAGACUUUUCCUUCAAGCCAGUGAAGAAUUGUGUCCAAGGAAAGUUUUUCUACCAAGUUCUAGAGCUGUAUCUUCAGGCACUGAGGAACGUGUCUCUGAUCAAGUACCAGUUAAAUUAACUUCAGAGAAGCAGUUUAACUUGGAUCAGAUGUAUUCUUACAAAGCACAUGAUAAAAUUUCUUCUGGGAGUAAGAGUCCUAAAAACAGCAUCAUAGUGUCAUCACCAGGAAAAUAUUACAAGUCCUCAGAACCUGUUAUUUCAGCUCAAGAGCAGGAGACUCAGACUGCAUUAUAUGGCAAAUUGGUAGCAGCUAGGCAGAAACAUGCCAAUACAAUGGAUGUUCCUCCGGCUAUUCUGGCAACAAAUAAAAUAUUGGUGGAUAUGGCCAAAAUGAGACCUACUACAGUUGAAAAUGUGAAAAGGAUCGAUGGUGUUUCUGAAGGCAAAGCUGUGAUGUUGGCCCCUCUGUUGGAAGUCAUCAGACAUUUCUGUCAAAUAAAUAGUGUUCAGACAGACCUCUUUUCAAGCACAGAACUACAGGAAGAACAGAAGAAAAGUUUGGUGCUGGAAAAUAAAGCAAACUCACUUUCACCGUCUGUGGCCAUCACAUAUUCUUUUUUCCAAGAUAAGAAAAUGUCUUUGAAACAUAUAGCUGAGAAGAGGACUCUGCCUCUCGCAGCAGUUGGCAUGCACUUAUGCCAAGCGGUGAAAGCUGGCUACGCAGUCGAUACGGAGCGAGCAGGCCUGACUCCAGAGAUUCAAAAGAUUAUUGCUGAUGUUAUCCGAAACCCUCCCAUCAACUCAGAUACCAAUAAUGUUAAACUAAUUAGAAUAUAUGUUCCUGAAAACAUUGACACGUACCUUAUCCACAUGGCAAUCAAGAUCCUGGAAAAAGAUGGUGACCACAGAAUGCUAUGCCACUCUUCAUGUGAUCCCAACAAAAAGCGAUGUUUCCCCGACUCUGAAGAGAGCUCUUCAAAUUCUAAGAGAAGCAAGGAAGAAGUAGACACCAAUACCGAGACUUCAUCUGAAACCUCCAAGAGAAAAUUACCUGAGUGGUUUGCUAGAGGAAAUGAGACCUUACCUGAUACCAGCAAGAAAUCAGCGGCCAAAACCAAAAAGAAGGGUCUUUUUAGUUAAACUGGCAGCUGUCAGAGGAAUUAUGUGUCCUGCUGUAUUAUAAGAGAGAAGCUGUAUUUCAUUUCUGAAAAGAGUAGGGAGUGUUUGUUUAAAAAUUAUUCUAAUUUUGAAGUAAAACUCACCUAUUUAUUGAAUAGCUGGCAUUUUAAAACAGCCUUGGGCAAACCACAUAAAGUUGAGUCUUCUGAGAGUCUGAGUGAGUACCUCCUAGGACAGAAUCUCAAGUUACCUUCCUAUGAGAUUGCUUUAAGAAAUCAUGUCAUUGCCUGUUUUCUAAUCUCUUCAGUUAAUUUCAUGGUAUGUUUGGAGUAUGUAAUGUGCAAUGAUUUAAUAUAGGUAACAGAUUAGGAGUUGUACAGUGAUUAUGUGUGUGCUAUGAAAUAUUCCUGUAUUACCGAAAUUCUGUCUUAUACAUGAAGAAUGUGUAUUUUACAAAUUGUUUUUUUUAUUUUUAGAAGACACUCUUGUACACAUUUUAAAAUGGUACUAGUGGGCCAGACCAGUGAAAAUGAAAUGUUUAGGGUUCUGUGUAAAUAGACAAAAGAAUAGAACAAAGGAGACCAAAUGCAGUAGACAGCUAUAUACUUUGUAUUUUACAUAUGAUUUCUGUUAUUUUUCAAAUAAUAAUAAAAAGUCUUUCCUACUGAAAA